AUGGGAACCACUUGUCCCGCUACUUUCUCUUCCUCUUGCUACACAUCCCAUACGACAUUUACACAUUCAUUCAAUUGUCUACGGAAGGAUCGGGAGUCUGACUUCAAGGUUAGAAACAACCGAAAGGAUCGAAAGAUCUUGAGAAAGAGGCGUAAAUCUAGCCAACACGAGUUUGGAAACAAUUUCACUCAAUCUUCACGACCUCACACAAAACAUAUAACUUCGAUCUCUUAUCCUGCAUAUAUUCGACCAAUACUUUCUAAACACGAUUUGAUCAUCUGGGAAGGAAUUACGUGGGAAAUGCAAUCUCCGCCACGAAAUUCUCGACCGGCAUCCGCUGGCAGUGCGAGUACCUUUGAUUCAAAACCUCGAAGCCCUUUGAGCACUAGUUCCUCAAUUGACGAUAUAUCCAGCCUAGUCAGUGAUAUCUCUUCAGUAUCCAACAAUUUCUCCAUUAGAUCAGUAUCAAGAAGUUCAAUAAAUGGACCCACUAGGUCUCAGACAGAUCCAAUAAUCUCCAAUCGUUACGAAUUUGAGCCCAGACCACCGGUUCAAACACCUCUUCUCGAGCCUCAAAGAUUGAUGCAAGAACCUGUAUCUUGGACGAAAUUUGUUUCGCAGCCAUCUUCAGGAGAUGGUUUACUUAAACUUCCCGAAGAAAUACUUUUGGUUAUUCUGAGAGAGCUCAAGAAAUCACAUCUGAAAGCGGGAAGUCUAAGUUGUGCAACAUGUUGGAUGAGAGAUUUGCAUAGUCUUGCAUUGAGCAACAAAAAAUGGUGGAGUGCUGCAAGAGUCAUUUUAUAUGAAGACAUACAACUUGUUGGAAGUGAUUCGACUUUACAUACAAAAAAGAAGUACAAGUCAAAAUAUGGAACGAGAUUAAGACUCCUUCGUCGAACCCUUCGAAGUCAACCAGAACUCGCCAAAUAUGUCAAAUCAUUGAAGGUCCCUUCGCUACCAGAAUCGGUCAAAACGAAACAAGAACAGGAUGAAUAUAUGGAUUUAGUGGCCUCUGUAAUAAUGGCAUGCCCAAACUUAGAACGUGUACCAGGAAUUUAUCAGCCAUACGAUCAUGAAUUUACAAGAUUCUUUCACGCAUUGUCGACACGGUCAAAACUCAUUGAGAAAGUCUGGGUCAUUGAACCAAGUCCCAUACGACGUCUUUAUAAUGCCUCUGAAAAAGCCGAAAACCCUGUGAUUGUACCAGGUCCCUUACGCUCCGAACAGUAUCUGGAUUUUUUGGGCCUCAACUCGAACUGGCCCCAUUUACAAACGCUCGUACUUCAUUGUAGCCCAGGUGGCAUGAUUGAUUCACCUCUAUUCACCGAUAUUUUUCAACGUCUUCCAUCGCUUCAGGAUUUAUACAUUUCGAACUUCCCACGUACAUCUUUUAAUGACGAGAAUUUAGUUUGUUUACCAGCCCUCAAAAAUCUUCGACUCGAUUCACUUCCAGGUAUAACCCCGAAUGGAUUAUCAGCCUAUGCUUCAUUGCCUAGUUCUGCUGGUUUGACCUCGCUUUCUCUAAUAUCAUUGCCACUUCGAUCACUAGCCGUACUGGCUCGACUUUUCACUCAUUUGAAGAACCUCAAAUCCUUCUCUUUAUCACAGGGUCCUUCUCCUAUGCUCAACGAUCAGAAUGACAUCUUCUUACAUCCUUAUCUUGCAUCAUCCACUCUCGAACAUCUUCACUGGGAAAUUACAAAUCCGGAUGACGAUAAAGCCACUGAAAUCCUUGCAAAAUCCAUCACCUUUUCUGGCUUUCCCAGUCUUAGGUCUAUCCGUGCCCCAACUGACUUCAAUGGUGUAAUCCAAAAGUUAUGUAAACCAAGGGCAAAAAUUGAACUACCUGGAGACAAAUAUCGAAACAUGGGACUUAGCGGUACUCCAAACCGAUCAUCAAGUAUGCCUGCUGCUAUACCUAUCAUGCCUCCUUCCAACCGACAGUCGGUAUUCUCCCGACAAAGCGAGCGUCGUGAUAGUGUGAUGACAGGAAAAUCUUCCAAUUCAUCUUCACUAUCUCUCCCGUAUGAAUCUGCUAUAGAUGGAAGUGGUAGACAUGAAAUGAUGAGUCUAUUAAAUGCUCGUCAACUUGCUCAACUUCGAAUCGAUAAUGCAACAAUACCACAAUUCGAUAUCAUAGUUUGGGACGAUGAAGGACAAUUCGUUGAGAGGUUCAAGCUAGGAACAUUCAUCGGAAAAGUGGAAAGUAGAGUGGUAUACAACCUAAAGCCAGAUUUUGAAGGCAGCGAUGAAUCAAUCAUGACUAUUGAAACACUUUUGGAAAAAGGAGUAGAGUCGAGAUCUAAUGAUGGUUGUACAGGCAGUUGGAAUAUAGAUCUAGACUCCAAGUCAAAAGAUAGAAAGAAGAGAGAUUGGUGGUGGCAUACUGAGAGAGAGAGAUGGAGAGAGAUAAAAUUGGCUACUUUCUUUUGA